GGGAGCUGCGGCCCCGGGAGGAGGAUGCGGGCGGCGGCGGCGGCGCUUUGCUGGCUGUGGGGCUCGCUGCUGGCCGCGGGGCGCAGCCUGCCCCGGCUCCGCCUGCCCCACCGCGAGCUGCUGAGCACGAACCGCUCCGUCCUUUUCUUUGGCCACCGAGGCUUCCUGGGCUUCCGCUCGCUCUACCUGGACGAGUACCGGGACCGGCUCUUUGUUGGGGGCAAGGAUGCGCUCUACUCUCUGCGCCUGGACGGGGCCAGCACCGACGCCAAGGAGAUCUACUGGCCGCCCCUGCCCGGGCAGACGGAGGAGUGUUUUCGGAAGGGGAAGGACCCAGGGACCGACUGCGCCAACUACAUCCGCCUGCUGCACCCCUACAACCGGACCCACCUGCUGGCCUGCGGGACGGGCGCCUUCCACCCCGUCUGCGCCUUUGUCUACGUGGGGCACCGCGGCGAGCAUGCCUUCAGCCUGGAUCCCGCCAGCGUGGAGAGCGGCCGGGGCAGGUGCCCGCACGAGCCCGACGGUGCGUUCGCCAGCACAGUCAUCGGUGGGGAGCUCUACGCCGGCCUCACCGCGGACUUCCUCGGCCGCGACCCCGGCAUCUUCCGCAGCACGGGGACGCGCUCCGCCCUGCGCACCGAGGUGGACCAGCGCCUCCUCAACGACCCCAAAUUCGUGGCGGCCUACCUGAUCCCAGACAACGACGACCGGGACAAUGACAAGGCCUAUUUCUUCUUCACGGAGAAGGUGGUGGAGGCAGACGGCAAGGAGCACGCCGUCGUCAGCCGGGUGGCACGGGUCUGCGUGAAUGAUGCUGGAGGCCAAAGGGUGCUGGUCAACAAGUGGAGCACUUUCAACAAAGCCCGCCUGGUGUGUUCUGUCCCUGGCCCCGGUGGCAUCGACACCCACUUUGACGAGCUGGAGGAUGUCUUUUUGCUGAGGACAAGGGAUGGGAAGAGCCCGGAGAUCUACGCCCUCUUCAGCACCGUCAGCCACGUCUUUCGAGGCUCUGCUGUCUGCGUCUACCGCAUGGCCGACGUCCGCGAGGUCUUCAACGGGCCCUUCGCCCACCGGGAGAGCCCCCUCCACCAGUGGGCAGCCUACGAGGGCCGCGUGCCCUACCCCCGCCCAGGCGUGUGUCCCAGCAAGACCACCAACCAGCCCCGGCGGCCGUACAGCACCACCAAGGACUUCCCCGACGAAGUGCUGCACUUCGCCCGCGCUCACCCCCUCAUGCACAGGCCCGUGCGCCCGCGGCACCGCCGGCCGCUGCUGGUGAAGACCGACCUGCAGCACCGCCUGCGCCAGCUCGUGGCGGACCGCGUGGACGCUGAGGACGGGCAGCACGACGUCCUCUUCCUGGGGACGGAUGCGGGCUCGGUGCUGAAGGUGGUGGUCCUGCAGAAGGAAAACUCGGCCGCGACCGAGGAAAUCGUCCUGGAGGAGCUGCAGGUUUUUAAGGCGCCUGUGCCGAUCACCCAGAUGGAGAUUUCUGUCAAGCGCCAAACGCUCUACGUGGGCGCCAGCCUGGGGGUGGCCCAGGUGCGGCUGCACCGGUGCGAGAGCUACGGCACCGCCUGCGCCGAGUGCUGCCUGGCCAGGGACCCGUACUGCGCCUGGGACGGCACCGCCUGCACCCGCUACGUGCCCUCGGGCAAGCGCCGCUACGUCCGCCACACCAGCCCCGUGUACCAGUGUCUGGACCAGAACCUGACUGUGGAUGAUUUUGAGCACGUUGAAGAGAAGGUGCUGUACGGCAUGGAGCACAACAGCACCUUCCUGGAGUGCGUGCCCCGCUCCCCGCAGGCCAGCGUGCAGUGGUUCGUGCAGAGACCCCCGGACGAGCAGCGGGACGAGGUGAAGACAGACGAGCGGGUCCUGCAGACGGAGCGAGGGCUGCUCUUCCGCCAGCUGCACAGCCGUGACGCCGGGGUCUACUACUGCAAGACGCUGGAGCACGGCUUCACGCAGACAGUGGCCAGGACGUCCCUGCAGGUGCUCAGGGGCGAGCAGCUGGCCCGUGCCUCCCCCCGGCAGCGCGAGGAUGAGCGCCCGCCCUGCCCUGAGCCCCGGCUGGCAGCGCCAGCGCCCAAAGCCUGGUUCAAGGACAUCCUCCACCUCGUCAGCUCGGCUGACCGGCAGCGGGUGGAGGAGCAGUGCCUGCGCCUCUGGUGCGGCCACCGCAAGGGCAAGGUGGCCAAGGGCAAGCACGCCCUGGCUGGCUUGGAUGCGGGCAAGAAGGCGCGCGCAGCCAAGCCCCAGGGCGAGAGGAUCCGCGUGCCCCGGCAAGCUGCGGCCACUUAGAGCAGGGGACCCGUCCUCGAGCGGGCUUGCGGCUGCACGAAGUCCUUCCGUCCCCAGGGCUGGCUCCUGGGCAGGCCCCUGUCACCUCAGGGGCUGCAGAGCCACCUCCAAAAGGGGGGGUGUGGGGGAGAUGCCAUGGCGCUGGGCCCCUCGCUCUUGCCAGGUGCCACCGGUCGCCUUGGGUGGGUGUGGAGCCACGGUCACUGGGGUGGCAGUGACCCCGGGGAGCUUGCUGGCUUUCUCUGCAAAUAAAUGGGCCGAGCACAGUGCCAGCCCCCUCUUC